GCGGCGGGGGACAAGAUGGCGGCGCCGCCUCAGCCGCCGCCUCAGCAGGCGCCGCCGCCCCAGGCGGCCGGGUCGGGGUCGGGGUCGGGCUCCGCGCCGGGGGCGGGGGCCCAGCCGCCGCCGCCGCAGCCGCAGGCGGCGUUGUUGGCCACGCAGGCGCAGAUCCAGGGGGCGGCGGCGGCGGCGGCGGCGGCUCCCGGGGGGCUCCAGCAGCAACAGCAACAGGACUUCGACCCGGUGCAGAGGUACAAGCUGCUCAUCCCGCAGCUCAAGGAGAGCCUGCAGAACCUAAUGAAGGUGGCUGCCCAGAACCUGGUCCAGAAUACCAACAUCGACAACGGCCAUUUGCCCUCCGCCUCUCCUUGUUGCAGGAAGAGCAGCGAUGGUGCCCUGCAGCGCUUCGACAAGAGCCUGGAGGAGUUCUAUGCCCUCUGUGACCAGCUGGAGCUCUGCCUGCGUCUGGCCUACGAGUGCCUGUCCCAGAGCUUCGACAGCACCAAGCACUCGCCCACGCUGGUGCCCACGGCCACCAAACCGGACGCGGUGCAGGCCGAGAGCCUCCCCUACACCCAGUACCUGAGCAUGAUCAAGGCCCAGAUCUCCUGCGCCAAGGACAUCCACAACGCCCUGCUGGACUGCUCCAACAAGAUCACCGGCAAGCUGCCCGCCCCCGGGGGCCUCUAGCCCGGGCCACCGCCUCCUCCACCAGCCCCGGCUCUGACCCGGCCCCAGCUGGAGGACCCGGGGGGGGUGGGGCGGGACGGGACGGAACGGGCGAGAUUGAAACUGGACCUUUGGGGCAGCUCGGUCGGGGGGGCUGGGAGGGGGGGUAUCCAGUGGGGCAAGGCGUCGGGUGGGGGAGAGUCUCUUGUAUGAAGAACCUCAACCUGCAAA